AAUACAUUCAUUUUUUACUGUAUUAUCUUGUUCUGUUAUUGUGUGUGUUGUAAUAUGCCACUUAUAUUCUACUGUUACAUUUCCCCCAGAUAGGGCUACGUGUUUUCAUAGACUCAAACUGUAUGUUUGCACUGUCUGUCGCACAUUAUUUGUUUUUGCUACUCACUUUAUAUUUAAAUUUUUACGCUACUCAAUUAAUAUGUGUCUCACUUUACUAAAUUGUGUUUUUCACUUAUCGUCUUAAUUGUCUAGUUACAGGAGGGUGCACGCCAUACCAUUGUGGCACUGCGUGACAUUGUCUCGGGUACAUAUGACCAUAAACGUGAACUGAGUUGAAUUGAAAGCCUUCACACACACCAUGCUCACUGUGUGCCUGUGUGUGUUCAUGCCAAUUAACUCUUGUGUGUUCAUGUUCCCGUGCGCGGCCAGGGGCUCCGCAGCUAGCCCUUAGCUAGCCUCUAAUUAACAACAAAACCAUCAUCUUCUCGCCAGUCGAGAGGAUGCAUCAUGAGCCCGAUAAAUGAUGCGAAACUGAGCCGCUAAGGGUUGAAUCGGGACAGUUUAAUGAUCGGGACAGUUUAAUGACCCCACAUUUUCGGUCCCGGGCCCCUGGAACCCCAGCGCUCCAAUAAGGCGACCAUCAGAGCUCCGUCUGUGGAUGUAAAGAAGAGCGGACCCUCUGGUUAAUUGAGGGGGAGCAGCUAACCUUCGUGAUAUCGAGCCGGGAGUCCCCCUUAGGCUUGACAGAAAGCUCCAGAUGUAACUCAAGGAUAAUUGUCAGAAGUUUUCCUUCCAUCUUUCCCAGCAUCUGCUUUUCUUCAGGGCGUUCCAGUUUAAGCCUUCAAAGCCUCGGUCACAGCUUCUUCGCCGAGCUAAGAGAUGGACUGGGCUGCUCCAGCUGCCAAACUGAAUCCGUACUCCCGAGCCCGCAUGACGGAGGCCUGGCAGCAGCAUGCGGUCGCUACACCUCCAGUUGUCCAUACGAUCCCAGCAGGAGCUGAGAAUGCUUUGAGCUGUGCGGUGUAUGGGAUCGUGUUGCAGCCGGACGCCUCAUCAUUGCAGCAGCAACAGCACGGAGGUGGACAGCAGCAUGCUGGAGCUCAGCAACAUACAGGCGGACAGCAGCAGCAGGAGCAUCCUCCUCAAGCCCAACAAAGCUCUCUACAGGUGGUAACAGAGUCAGUACACAAGUGUGGGACAUGUGGACACGACAUCUCUCACCUGGCGAACCCGCUUGAGCACCAGUGCAUGGUGAGUCAGGACAGAUCAUUCCAGUGCACUCAGUGUCUUAAGAUCUUCCAUCAGGCCACAGACUUACUGGAGCACCAGUGCGUUCAGGUGGAGCAGAAGCCGUUUGUGUGUGGAGUAUGUAAGAUGGGCUUCUCCCUCCUUACCUCUUUGGCUCAGCACCACACUUCGCACAACAGCAGCAACCCUAUGAAAUGCUCCAUAUGUGAGAAAACGUAUCGACCCGGUUCCUCCGGGAACACGACACCCACCUCCUCAAGCAGCUCCCAGCCUUCCAGCAGCGACGGGGCAUCGGCGAGCAGCAGCUCGUCCAUCUUACCUUUCCCUUCAGCUCGAGACCGGCCGUACAAGUGUUCCGUCUGCCAGAAGGGCUUCAAGCACCUCUCAGAACUCACGCGGCACGAGAGGGUGCACACAGGGGAGAAACCCUUCAAAUGCGACACAUGUGACAAAGCUUUUAGCCAGUCGUCACAUCUGCAGCACCACCAGCGGACACACAGCAGCGAGAGGCCGUUCAAGUGUGCCGUGUGUGAAAAGAGCUUCAAGCACCGCUCACACCUCGUCCGCCACAUGUACGUGCACUCCGGGGAGCAUUUGUUCAAGUGCAACUUGUGCGAGCUGCACUUCAAGGAGUCAUCAGAACUGCUUCACCACCCCUGCCACCCGCAGGGCUCCCGGCCGUUUCGCUGCGCAACGUGCGGUAAAGGUUUCAAACGGCCGUCCGACCUGCGCCAGCACGAACGCACCCACUCCGAGGAGCGUCCGUUCCACUGCGAUGAGUGCCAGAUGAGCUUCAAGCAGCAGUAUGCGCUCGUGCGCCACAGACGUACGCACAAAGACCCCUCAGACCGGCCUUUCAAAUGCAGUUUGUGCGACAAAGGCUUCAUGCAGCCCUCCCACCUUCUCUACCACCAGCAUGUCCACGGCAUGGACAACCUGUUCAAAUGCGCCUCCUGCCAGAAAGAGUUCAGCCAGUCAGGGGAGCUGCUCAGACACAAGUGCGGGGAGUCGUCCAACUCCUCACCUGACAAGCCGUACAAAUGUGACGUCUGUGGGAAGGGAUACAAAAAGAGCUCCACCUUACAACGCCACCAGAACUCUCACUGCCAGGAGAAACCCCUAAAGUGCUCGCUGUGCGACCGGCGCUUCCUGUCCUCCUCUGAGUUCGUCCAGCACCGCUGCGACCCAUCGAGGGAGAAGCCACUCAAGUGCUCUGACUGCGAGAAGCGCUUCAAGUACUCAUCAGACCUGAACCGCCACCGGCGCGUGCACACAGGCGAGAAGCCCUUCAAAUGUGACCACUGCAGCAAGGGUUUUAAACAGCGUGAGCACCUGACCAAACACCAGAGCACACACUCCAGGGAGGGCCAGUUCAAGUGUGUCUGGUGUGGAGAGCGCUUCAGUGACUUGGGCUCUUUGCAGGAUCAUACUGUGCAGCACACAUCCGAUGGUGGUGGCUAUAAUGUGCCGCAGUGCAUGUGAAUCAUGACUCUUAUUUUCUCUGAAUGGACAGAACCAUCAAAACUCCGUCCUCCACCCACAGGCUGUUUAUGAACCCUAACAUCAUUCAGGGGAUUUCUGGGCUACGUUUGUUUUCUUUUCUCAUUGAAACGGAAACGUUGGGUCUGGUUGAACAGUCAAAGAAAAAAAAAAUCCAAUUGUAAUUAUGAGUUAUUUUUCUAAAGUUUCAAAACUCUGAUAUAAAGGAAAUCUAAUAAAAUCUGUUUAGUUUUCUAGAAAAACUAAAAGUGGAUGUUUUAAAGAACAUUUAACAAAAAAUGCAUUUAAACUAGAAAUGCACCAAUCAGUCAGACAGAGAUCAGAAUUGGCCAGUGGUCUCUUGAUUGGCUCUGAUCGGUGAUCACAAAUCAAACACUGGAAAAUCAGAGUCCCCCACCCCACCCCCAGACCAGUUAAUGCAUCUAAACUAGAGCUGCACAACACAUAAAAUCCCAGUCGUUAUUAAAGUAUCAAUUUGUGCAAUAUCACAAUCGCAAAGAACCUUUUGCAUGCAAUAUUUGGUCGAUUAUUAUAUUUCAGGGGACAUGCAUCUAUACUCUGCUUGUGAAUAUAUAUUUGGCCAGUUGGACGGACUUUCAAUGCCAAACUUGACAUAGAUUCCAGUCGACGACCUACUUAAGCUAUUUCUUCAUUAUCUGUGAGGUUCAACGCUAUCACCACUAUUAAACAACCAUUAACACAUGUAUUUCUCUUGCAUGUGUGAUAGUGCUUAGAGUGAAAAUAGGAAUUAAAAACUCACGCUCACAGAAGACAAGAUAAGACAAGCUGUCGGUCCGGAAAAGCCGGAUUGGCGCAUCUUUAAUUAGGAUUAAUCUUUUUUUAUCCCUUUGAAUCAUGAAGGAUUUACUACAUAGAGAUUAUAUCAGUAAACUAAAGUUUAAAGCUAAAUUAAACUUAUUUGUAAAGAUGAGUAAUUCAAUAAGUUUAGGAAAUAGUACAUUUCCGGUUAAAUUCAUUCUGUUAGUAACAUUCUCGAGUUAAAAAAAGACUGUUCAACCGGAGCCUUUUCUCCUUCUUUCUUUUCUUAUACCUUAGUGUUUUAUCUGUCCAACCCAUGAUCAGUGACAGCAUUAUGGAGGCUAAAACUGAGAUGUAUUCCUCUGCACUCUCAGGCCUUUUCUGAUUCAUGCAUACUCUAAAAUAUUUGCCUUAACCUCUAACCAUAACCAGAAAGUAUGUUCAGAAGUCCCAAAAAUAAUUUUAGUUUCUUUGUUUUUCCGUUGUGCAUGUGGGAACCGGAAGGGACCUCAGAGUGUUGACGGUUCAAAGCAACAUUGGGCAUCUGUGGCAAAAUGCUGUCACCACAACCUCACAUCUUUCAGCAUUCACACACGCUUAUUAACUGUUUGGUACCAAAACAUGUGUGCCCUAAAACAGAUCCGUUUAAUCCUCCUGACUUAUUUAGCCUUCUUUGUGUUAAGUAAUCUGUUUUGCAGUUUUUCUUUCUCUCUCAUUUGUUUUACCUGUUUGUUCUCUUCUCUCACGUUUAGUCCUCUUGGUAAAAGAUGAGUUAACUCGGCAGCAUUACGUAACUAUUUGAAACUUCCUGCUCCUCUCCUAAAGUCAUAAAAAGAAAGUACACCCUCCUUAAAUUCUAGAGUUGGACAUAUCAAGACAUAAUGCUUAUGAGCUGGUCUUUAUCACAUUCUUAAUUUUCUAAAAGCUGACACAGUGAUGAUCAGUUAAUGAAGUCUUUGAAUUAGCAGCACUGUACUGCUACUUUUUCUUCUAAAUCCUAUUGAAGCGGCAAGGGGGUACUUAGUUUUUCACUUACUGCAUUUCUAUUUUCACUUUAUCUUUUAUGAGUAAUGACAGGGAGGAAUCUGCUUCGGGGUUUUGUACGAUUAACAUCAGAUUUCAAUAAUUUUUGAUUGAAACAUGGAGGACAUGUUUAUUUCAGCACCAGUACAUGAGGCUGUACCAUGUGGUGGGCAGACUAACUAUAAACUGAGGUUAACUACCAGUUAAAGUCCAAAUAUUUCAGUCUAAUAAAACCUGCCAGUUUAGAUAUAUAUAUAUAUAUAAUAAAUAAUAUACAUAUUUCAAAACAUUAUUCUCAUCAUAUUCCUGCAGAGGUCAGCGUUGUUGGAUUAUGCGUAUUGAAUCCUCUCUCAGCAUGUACAUAUACUACAGAUGUGUGAGCCAAAACGAUCGGAAAUAUCAGAAGUUGUUUUUCUGAAGAUUUUUCUUACAUUUUUUACUAUGUGAAACGUUUUGACCAAUGCUCUUCUUUUGUGGUUGUUGUUUUUCUUGUGUGUGUAGUUUUAUGGUGCCAGUACGUUACCGGGACUCUCAAAGAGAAACCCGUGUGAGAGUCCGAGUGUGUGAAUGUAAAAAACUGUGUUUUAAACAGGAGAAUUUAGUGCGAUCAGACCUGAGCGCCUUUGUUCCUUGUUAAAGUACAACCAGUCUGAGAUGUUCCUGCAGGAUGAUCCUGCACCUCUGUUCUGACAGAUUUAGGAGUUUAUUCCGUUGUUUCCGGUUAUGCUGUGUCUGUCAGGGCGCAUUUGUCUCUGAAUUGUCAUCGGUGAUUGCCACGAGAUUCUUGUUGCUCAUAAGAAGCCACUUUGUUUACAUGUUGACUGACUGCCAUCGGUUUUCCUUUUUGUGUCCAUCCGUCCUCUCCUAUAACGUUUGAGUGCAGUAUUAAAUACAUGUUUUGAAGUAUUUUCUACAAACAGGAGUUGUUUACUCCUUUUCAUUUCAGCCUUAAAAUGUUUGCUUCAUGCCUUGUUUUUUCAAUCAUUCAAUGUAAGCUGAUCGUAGCAUCCAUCUUUUAUUACUUUACAUCUUUACAUCUUUUAGCACUUUCAAAACAAGUUUGGCUGUGUUUUCUAUGGUUUUGCACUUGUUUAUCUGCUAUCUUUGUCUUUUAUUAAACUGAUACAUUAUGUGCAUUGUUGGAGUGAGAGACCAGGACCUUGGGGUUGGUUAAGAAUAAAAAAGUGGGAAUUGAAAAGCUUUUUUUUAUCCAAAAACAUAAUUUACAUGUAAUGUCUGUUUAACGCCAAAGAACUUCACUUGCUUCUGUUUAUUUGAUGUGUUUUGGGGUUUUGGAAGAUGCUUGCAAAUUCUCACAAAAAGAUAUCUAUCCAUCCACUCUUGGUAGAAAAUGAAAUCUACCCCCUAUCUAUGAAUGAGAGUAAGAAUCUCCUUUAUAUUCCAAUAUCUAAAUUCUUACUGGUUUUACUGGAAAAGGGUCGGUACAGGCACCAGUUAACCCACUCCACGUCCACUUUAGUACCAGUAAAACCCCCUGUUGGACCCUGGUAUUUCCUCCUCCCUGCAUGCUUGGUGUUAGUUCGUGUGUUUGCUCUUUUUCGCCGGUACAUCCCCUCUUCGCAGCACUUUUCCUUCCCACUAUAUAACUUUUCUUUUUUCAUUGUUCUGUGGUUUAUGUGAACAAUGUUGAAGAGAAAACUUGGAAAAGAAAAAACUUUGUAUAGUACAGUUCCUGUGCAUUCAUGCUGAGAUCGUCUGUAUGUAUGUAGCAUUCAUUUACACACAGCACUAACAAAUAAAACUUUCUUUUAUUUAUAAUACUCUUGUGAGUGAUGAAGUUAUCUACAGAGGAUGCUUUUAGGUGCCUUUUGUAACGUGUACAGUUAUUCCAGAGGUUUCUGUUUUUAGAUUUUUGUGCAAGUGCAAAUUUAUUCAUAAUACAAGAGAUAUAUGAGUUUGAAAAGUUUAUUUCAUAAUUAAACAACUAAUUUCAUCA